AGAGAAGCUCCAAAGCGGGGUAAAUAAACAGACGGUUGCUCCCCUUGACAUACAUUCAAUCGAGCUCAGAUAUAAUUAUUAACUUCACUUAUCUGGGUAGUAGGUUGAAAAUCAAUUAACCUUCGCAAUGUCUGAUAUUACACUCUACGACCUCCCCAGCAAACAAGGCACCUGCUGGUCUUUCAAUCCCUGGAAGACCCGUCUGGCACUCAACUUCAAGGGCCUCGAUUACAAAACCGUCUGGGUCGAGUACCCAGACAUCAAACCAACAUUCAGUCCCGAAAUCCCUCCUAAUGCACCGCCGGAUACGCCCUACACCAUCCCCGCCAUACGCCUUGGUACAACUCUCAUCAUGCACAGCCGCACCAUCGCUGCCCGCCUUGAGGAGCUCCACCCCGAGCCGUCCCUGCACCUCGAUUCCCCCAUCCUCGCAAAGCUAUAUAAAAUCCAGGCUAAACACCUCGCGCCUCUGUACGGGUUUUGGAUGCCCCUUGUGAGCGCUAAUGUUCUUGGUCCACGCUCGAAGGAAUAUUUUGACCGCACGCGUGAGGAAGAUGAGGGGAUGCCGCUCCCUGAGAUGCUAACGAAGGCGGAAAGCCGUGAAGAGGAGGCCUGGGAGAAUGCGAGGGGGGGAUUGAGAGAGUUGGGAGCUUUGUUGGAGGAGAAUCCGGAGGGGCCGUUUUUUAUGGGUCCUGUUGUGAGUUAUGCGGACCUAGUGGUCUUGGCAUGGUUGCAGUUUUAUUGGGUUGUUGACAAGGAGCGCCUCUUUGAUAGGGCGGUGAAGACAGAGCCGGUGCUUGAUAGGCUUUAUGAGGCUGGGAAACAGUGGUUGGAGAGGAAUGAUCAUUGAUAUUAGGUGGUGGGUUGGUGCCGCCAAAGCUAUUAGAUGAAAUUUAGAUGCUGAUUAUUUGACGUUAUACAAGAUGAAGUGGUAUUGUCGACUAUCACCAAGUCAUAGACGUUGGGUCAAAAAAACCGAACAUUCAUUGUAUCAAAACUAGCCAAUGAUCUCGGCUCAGUAUUUUCUCAUGUAAAGAACCAAUAAGCAAACCAACAGUUACUAUAGUAUUUUAGACAUUGAAGUAUAGCUAUCCAUAAUAUAUGCAC